GAGAACAAGGCACACCAUACCUGCAUUAUUUUGAUUAAAAAAUUCCAAUUUAUUCCUCACCAGCUUAUUCCCCAGAAGAGGCCACCACUCAUCAGUCCAAAAACCACAGCAAGUAUGACGUAGAAGGAUUAUUGGGCUGCAGCGGCAAGCAGUAGAGCUUGUACUCUCCAUCAAAUGGCCCCUAAUCUCCGUCUAAUCCAAGCAUUACUGCUUGCCAUAUCGAGCUUGUGCGUUUCACCUGGGGUUGUCGCCGCCGUCGGAGUGAACUGGGGCACCACCGCAUCCCACCCGCUGCCACCGCCCAAGGUGGUGGAGCUCUUGAAAUCCAACAACAUCACCAAGGUCAAGCUCUUCGACGCCGACCCAAAUGCCCUCCAGUCCCUCUCCGGUUCCAACAUCUACGUCACCGUCGGCAUUCCCAACUCGAUGCUCAGAAGCUUGAACUCCUCCAAGAAAGCUGCCGAGACCUGGGUCCACGAUAAUCUCACCCGUUACUUCUCUGAUUCACGGACUGGAGUUCGAAUAGAGUAUAUUGCUGUAGGCAAUGAGCCAUUCCUCCAAGAUUAUGGUGGUCAAUUCGACCAAUUUGUAGUGGGUGCAGCCAUCAACAUCCAAACAGCUCUUACUGCUGCCAACUUAGCAAACAAGGUGAGAGUUGUGGUUCCAUGCAGUUCCGACACAUUUGCAUCAGAAUCCGGCCUCCCUUCUAAAGGACACUUUAGGCCCGACAUCAACAAAACCAUGAUCGAACUCCUCACAUUUCUCAACAAGCAUCGCUCUCCUUUCGUUGCGAACAUUUCGCCUUUCUUAACUUACCGUCAAAACAAGAACAUUACCCUUGGCUUCACUCUCUUCAAAGAAUCUGCACACUCUCUUAACGACUCCCACAAAACAUACCACAACAGCUUCGACUUAAACUAUGAUACCCUCAUUACUUCUUUAUCCACUGCUGGAUUUCCCGAAAUGGAGAUCAUAGUGGGCCAGAUUGGGUGGCCCACAGACGGAGCUGCCAAUGCCACGUCAUCCAUAGCUGAGAUUUUCAUGAAAGGCUUGACGGACCACCUGCAUGCCAAAUCAGGGACUCCACUUAGACCUCGUAAUCCUCCAACGGAAAUUUAUGUAUUUAGCCUUUUGGACGAAGAUCAAAGAAGCAUAGUGAUGGGAAAUUUUGAGCGACACUGGGGAAUCUUUACUUUUGAUGGCCAAGCUAAGUACCCUGUCGAUUUUGGGCAGGGCUUGAAAACCCUUGUGAAUGCACAGAAUGUAGACUACCUCGCUUCCAAGUGGUGUGUUUUGAGUAAUAACAUGGACUUGUCGAAUGCGAGUGCCAGUGCUCUGGAUGCUUGUUCUGUUGCAGACUGUAGUCCUAUGUUUCCCGGUGGUUCUUGUUUUAACCUAACUUGGCCCGGGAACAUAUCGUACGCAUUUAAUAGCUACUACCAGCAGCAUGAUCAGAGGGCGGAUAGCUGCAAUUUUGGAGGGUUGGGUUUGAUUACCAAAGUUGAUCCAUCAAUGGAGAAUUGCCGAUUUUCAGUUGGCCUACAAACUUCUGUUUCAUGUACACUUCAUGGGUCAUUUCUCGUCUAUUGGAUACUUUUGCUAACAGCUGCUAUUUCUCUAUGUUUAUGAAUUCCAACUUAGUGUGAGAAAUAACAUGUUAGAGCGAAAAAAAGAUUCCCGAGUGGUAAUUUUUGCAGCUUUUAUCAGUUGCAUGCCUGUUAGUGUGCGUCUCUUUUGGGUUGCAGAAUGGUUUUUUCCUUUAUUUGAAGAUUUCUUUGUAUCGAUCUUUCGUUCCCAAAUAGUGGAAUGGUUUUUCUGCAAACGUGCAGUGUCUAUCGGUUAGUCUGUUAACUGUUGAUAGAUUGGUUUUCUGCGGCUGCAAA